AUAGGUCAAUGAUGACAGCUAAGAUGGCGGCGUCCAUGGUGGAGCAAGGCGAGGAUGCGUUUAGAAAAUUGUUCAAGUUUUAUAAACGGAGGAGUCCGCCUCCGGAUUUUAGUGAAGUCAUUGAUUUUUCGAAGAAAAUUGGAAAUGAACUGGUUUAUACAGCCGAGCUGAACUAUGGUGGUGUUAGCGAGGAAGCCGCGUUCAAAGCAGGACUUCAGCCUGUUAAAGAAUGGAGAGCGUUUGGUCUUCAGGGAUAUCCAGGGUUUCUGUUCAUCUCCAAUCCUUUCCUGCCUGGCUCUCAGCACUACUGGGUGAAACAGUGCCUGAAGACGUACACGCAGAAACCCAACGUGUGUAACCUGGACAUGCACAUGCCAGCUGCAGAGACGGAGAACAUCUGGGAGAAGAGCAUAGGCAGCAUCCGGAAGAAAGGUCAGAGGGAGCCGAGGACUUUGCUGGAGAAGCUCCGCUGGGUGACUCUGGGUUACCAUUACAACUGGGAUACCAAGACCUAUUCUCCUGAUCACUACACUCCUUUCCCUGAUGAUCUUCACUCUUUGUCCCACAAAGUAGCAGCAGCUUGCGGUUUUCCCAGCUUUAACGCAGAGGCGGGAAUCCUGAACUACUAUCGCUCCGAUUCGUCUCUCGGCAUCCAUGUGGACGAAUCGGAGCUUGAUCACACUCCACCACUCCUGUCUUUCAGCUUCGGUCAGACGGCGGUCUUCCUGCUGGGCGGAACUAAACGACAGGACCCGCCCACCGCCAUGUUUAUGCGCAGCGGUGACAUCAUGGUGAUGUCAGGUUCCAGUCGCCUGCUGUACCAUGCUGUACCCUGCAUCGUCCCCGCCCCCGCUAGCCAGCCCCUGCCCUCCUGCCUGGACCAGUGUGUGGUCAAUGACAAGUCGAAUCCAGAUAGCAUCGUCCGGACUGUGUGUGAAAAGGACUGGGAGGUGUGUUCUACCUACCUUAAGACAUCACGCAUUAACAUGACAGUCAGACAGGUCCUCGGUCCGGGUCAGACCUUCCCCAUCAUGGACGCACACACUGUUCCAGCCACUGAACAAUCCGGAAGUGACCGUGACGAGGAGACCCAGAGGGCUAAGAAGAGGAAAAGUGGGUCAGGAUAUGACCUUGAUUCAUGACCUGUGAAUCUGUGCUUUGGACUUUAAUUUCUUAAUUUAAAAAUAAAUUUAAAGUUGUAUAUAUGUGAAUAAAACAUAUUCCAGUCUGUGAAA